AUGGAAAAAGCUCCAAAAAUUCUUAAUCUUGAGCAGAAAAUCAUUUAUCCAUGUCCAAACCAAGAAGGAACUACAGCUAUUGCUUCGAUGCUGAAAAAACUUAUUCGAGAAAAACAAGUAGAAAUCGGAAUUAACUCGACCAACAAAUCUAUUAUUGAAAAGAAAGCAAAAAUUGUUGUGGUUGCAUCAUGCAUUAAUCCACCAUCACUUAUAGAUCAUAUUUUGUUCAUGUGCUCAAAGAAAAAUAUUCCAAUUAUUUGCUGCUCAUUAGAUCCAAGAAGUUUAGGGAAAGAAGUUGGAAUGAAGUCACUUACUGUUUCUUCAAUUAAAGAUUCAGCCGAUAAAAGUAUAAUUAAUCUAUUAAUGCCUUUUACUCAAUUCAUUCCAGAAUCAUCGUUCCCUCCGACAUUUACUUAA